CUUCCAUGUACAUAACAACUACGUGCUCUACAUCUCAAAGCUAUUGGAUGCGCAAUGCAGACAGCGUCAUUUGCGUUAUAAAUUAUAAUGGGACCUUCACCGAUUAGAGAGGAUAAUACGGCUGAGAAUAGCGCUUCCUUUGACAUCGUCCAGCACGGCCACAAGGAUCUAGUCCAAGCAAUCGCUUUCAACGCAUACGGCGACAGAUGCGCUACGGGUAGUGUAGACGGGAAGAUUCGCGUCUUCAAUCGCCACCAAGAUGGUAUCUGGCGAUUAUGCGAUAAUUGGAAAGCUCAUACAGGCGAGAUUCUAGAGCUUCAAUGGCUACCACCCACCAUAUAUCCUAAUUUACUAGCCUCCCUCGGUAUUGAGGGCCGCUUUAGACUAUGGGCUGAGGACCCUUCAGCCGCCCCGGGAAGGCGUUUCAGCGCGAGGGACGGGAAUGGCAAGAACGUUUCCGAGCUGAGGUCCGCCCGGUAUCCUUAUAGGUCCUUUUCGGUCAAGCAUGAUGAGGUGACCCGGUCUACAUAUGUUGCCCUUCUUGCUUCGGACGGCCAUCUUACGGUAUUCGAAGGCGAAGAGCCGGAGACUCUAAACGACUACUCAAAGUCUGAUGACUUUCAGGCUUGCGCUAAGCCGAAUCGUGGCGAGGAAACAUGUUUCAAAGUUCGCUUCGACCCGAAUCCUGAGCCUUGCUAUAAUGCCCUGAGAGCCGGCGUACCAGCAGAUGCAUUGAGUCUGGUAGUAUCGGGCUUAACUACGGUAAAAAUCUUUAGAACUCGUGAUACUGUUGCUAGUUCCUUCGGUGCCCCGACAAGGCAAAGACAGUUCUACCUAGCUAUUGAGAUCAGAGAUCAUAAUCACUUAGUCCGAGACGUCGCCUGGGCUCCCGGAAACUAUAGGGGCUACGACAUGAUUGCUACGGCAUGCCAAGACGGCUUUGUGCGGGUAUUUCGAGUCGAUACUCCCUUUUCACAAGAUGACGGCAAGUCCUGGGCUCUAGCAGAUAUUCUGGGUAACGCAAAAACCGACGAAAACUCCGCUUCUAAAAGUGGUCAUCUCCGUAGAUCUUCUCAAGCUCCUUCCGGCAUAAGAGCCGAGAUCGACAAGUCUGGGACUCACGGAGAACGUACCUCAACCGAUCUACCGGGACAGGUCCACCACACCGUUAAGCUGCUGUCUAAACUCAGUGCUCACCGGUCUCCUGUAUGGAGAGUCGACUUCGACGACGACGGUCAAAUUCUAGGGAGCGUCGGAGAUGAGGGCAAGUUAAUAUGCUACCGGCAACUUCCCGACGGGUCGUGGGCAAAGAGCUCAGAAUUAGCCAUGAUGAAAGCUAGGAUGACCGCACCGCCCGUCCACGUGGGAUGAAGGGCCCGUAAACGACGACUAAACUCACAAUACCAUGAUACCCCGCAUCGAAAUAAACGAAUAGAACUAAACGAUCGCUCAAUAUGGAUAGAGUACCUUGGGUGGUGUGGUUGAGAGGACCCCUUAUUCUUAUAGAGCUAAUCAAACAAAUUAUACAUAAAUAUUCAAUUUUUGAUCCCUUGCUCAACGUUAUAAGGAAUCGCAAUUCCACGCUCGCCCAUUCCGGAAAUCUCAGUGAGCUCUUAUAUUACAAAUAAGUACUCGCUGAAACAUGCGCUCCGCUUGAACGAUUAAAUAUCAUCACCCUCUCCAUUAUUUCCUCUUUAAUUUCUCAGACUAUCACUUUUUAAACACCAAGUCAAACACAAAAUAUAGCGUACUUCACUUCAUCAAAACAAGGACCACUCCAAAACACUGCAGUACAAUGGUUGCAGGGGUUAUAGGUAGCGUAC